UUCAGUGAUCAUGACUUUGUAAUUUGAUGGUCAUAUAUAUCAAGAAGUGUUCUCUAUAGAAUAUUUGUGUAAUGUUUUAUACCAAGUUUGCAUCGGAUAAUGAACGUUUUGUACAUUUGUGAUUUAAUUGGUUAAAUAAUGGUCACAUAUUUUAACCUUAAGGAGGAACAGAUGUCUAAUGAUAAUGAUUUAGAAACAAAUGAUAUUGAAGAAACAAAAGAUGUACCGAAGGAAGAGAUUAUUAAUAUGAGUACUUCAGGUGAACACCAAGAACUACAACAUGCCAGCGACAUGUCUGGGGAUUCCUACACCAGUGCUAUCAGAGUAGAUAUUGCAGAUUUGGAUGGUGAAGACAGUUUAAAUCUGACUACUACAACACUACGACGCUGUAAACAACAAAUACUGAGACCUUAUUGGAGACUUCUUCUGUUAAUAGGAUGGCGAGGUUUUGGUCGUGAGUCUAUAAACUCAGGCAGCAAAGUAUACUCACUGUUGAACACUAUUUAUCCAGUAUUUAUUGUACUAUUGUUGUGGUAUGUUUAUAUCUAUGAGAUUGUUGCCUGUCAGUGGAAACUUAAUGUAAAGAAAGAUACCAAAAGUAUAUUACAGACAACAACAGCAGCAUUAACCACUCUAUCUAUAAAUUCUACACAUGAGUAUCAACCGUUAGCUACAUACAGCCCUGCAGACCUUAUACUACAGAAUCUCAGUCAUUCCAAGCGAUCCCUCCCGCCAGAGGCUUGUGAACAUGUCAUCACAACAUAUGUUAUACCUAAUAUUUUACAUUUUGUUGCCUUUAUUAUGGGCUUUGUACAUUACAGAAUACAAGAAAAUGAACAGUUAUAUGCCAUUAUGGAGAAGGUAUUUUUACAAGCCACACCUUUAUCAAACAGAGCAUCAUCUCAACAUAGAAUGAUAAAAAAACUAAGGUUAUUCCAAGUUUUAGGAGCAUUAUGGGUUUUCAGCACACUUAUUUUACAAGGAAUGUAUGAAUGGGCAUUUGAUUUUCCCAAGUUGAUUUUUUUUCAAGCCACAGGUAAAACAGUACAUUGGGUGUUAUUUUGUAUAGAGCUGUUAGGAAUAAUGGUGCUGAAUUCUGUGUCAUUGGCUGUGGUAGCUAAUUAUGUCACUCAAUGUGAAAUGAUGUUAUUUUAUAUACGUGGACUGGCACUUAGGUUGCAAGAAAAAUCUUCAGAUCUUAGAAUUGCCAUGAAGGAUGUUUUAUCAGUACGACAGAACCUGAGUGUUUUAAAUGGUCCUAUGGCGAGAAUGACAUCAUUGAUUUGUGUUAUAUUUUGUGAACUAACUAUUAUAGGUAUAAGUAUACUAGUCCUGAAUAAGAAUGACCUACCAAAGAUCUGGCUGUAUAGGACUUUUUUUCCAAUGGUAUUUUUUAUCAUGUUGUGUUUUCCUUUGUUUCAGGCAGCCAGAGUUAAUUCUGUAUGCAGUAGGAUUAUAAAGAUUGCAUUAGAAAUGAGAGUAUUUGGUUACAAAGGAAGUUCUCAGCUAGAUCUCGAUUCAUUCAUGAACUUUGUAUCAAAUACUAAAUUAAGGGCCAAGUUAUUCCACAUUCCAAUAAUGCCAGCGUACUUGAUAACCAUCAUUGUUCUGUCCUGUUUGGUUCUACUGAUUCUGUUCCAGACCAGUAUUAUUGGCCCUAUCAACUAUUGGUUCUAAACAAGGAAAGAUUACUCUAGAUACCAACUGCUUUUAUUCAAGAUGGAGAAAUAUGAUAUAAGACAGAAAUGUUCCAAACUGCUUAUUUCUGUGGUGUUGUUGUAGCACAAAGAAGGUAGAAAAGAGAAAAAUAUACAAGAGGACAACUAAUUGACAGACCAAAAAUGCAUAUGAAGAUUACUUUGAAUAACAACACAUACUAUUCAAUUAUCAAUUUGUUUUUGAGAAAGUUUGAGAUGGGAGAUAAAAAAAGUGUAUACAAGCAAAUUAAAAUAAUGUACCCAAAUUGUAGUCACUAAGCUUAUCUGGUUUGUUAACACAGUCAUUCCAAGCUUGCACAAAUCCAUGACUAGAAUUUAUUUUUACAUUUAUAAUACUUUUCAAAAAGUAGUUUGUAAAUGUGAUAUUGUAUUUAGAAUUAGCAUAAUGUGUCAUGACAUUGCAUGAAUCAUUAAAGAAAAGCUGUUUUAAAAGGACCAUUAAUUUUCACCUAUUCUAAUGUUGUGUUGAAAAUUUUGCAAGGGUUAAUAUAGGAUUUUUUUCUUCUUUUUUGAAGCAUACCCUUCACAGUGUUUUGUGUAAAUUGUGAUAUUCAGUCAUGCAUUAACUUAGUGUAAGAAAUACAAUUAAAUGUCUCAUUUGUUUGAGUCAAGAAGUAGUUAUUCUAUUUAAACAGAACAUAUACAGGAAUGUAUUUUUAACAUCUCAUGUUAUAAAACGUAUCAAAUCAGGACAAUAAUUAAUUCAGAACUCUUUUUACUAAAGAUUGGCUGUCUGAGAAAUACUAACUGCACUAUUCUAAAUGGUGCAAGUGGAAAUCCAUAGUGAGCAAGCUCUUGUAUGUUUAUGGUAAAAGUAAGUUUGCUUUGUAAAUGUCAAUAUAUGUAUAUAUAACUGUAUUUUUUCAUUUCACAAUCAUCUCAGGACAAGCCAUACUCAUAAAUGACAUUGUAGAUUCUCAUUCAACUGUAGCACAGCAAAAUAUGUACUUACUCAUGAUUUAAUAGGAGUAAUUAUUUUACUGUAUUUAAAAGUAACUUGUAAUGAAUUUGUUUUUACUUUUGUUUGUGUAAAAUUGUAAUUGAGAAAAGGCUAAUAGCUUUAAAUCUAUGAAUUGUGAUAGUAUAAAUUAAUUUAUAGUAUUUAUUGAUAUGUUUUGAGGCAUGAAUGUAUUGUAAUGGUAGUAGCAAAUGCUGGAGAAAGGUUCUAAAUUAUGAGAUAAUCAUUUUGUUUUUUUAAUGUUAUAGAUAGUCUUUCAUAAAAAUAUUAUAUAUUCAAAAUAUAUUAUGGCCAUUUAUUACAUUACAGACAAGUUAGCAAAGGUGGUGUUUGUGUGCCAAAAAAAUGUAUUAUUAUAAAAUAAAGACAAUUGAUAUAAUUUUGUACGGUUUAUAAAAUGUGAUAAUUCUUUUCUUCAAUGUUAUUACUUUCUGUGUC